GACCUCUUUGGCACGAGUAUUCCAUCAAGUGUGCAAGCGCAAAUUUUCAUCGUCUUGAUCCAGUCGUCAACAAAAUAAUUGCUUGCGUAGCCUACAGUUAUCAGAUCCAUAGUCCAAGACCACUGAGUUCACCACGAUGCGGCCUGCGCUAAGUCGCAUAUCGUUGCGCUUAGUAUUUUCCUAUAUCCUGGACUGGAUCUUCAUAGUCAUCGUUGCGGUGAUAGGAUUUGGCUUUUACAAGGUCAAACCGAACCGUAGACCAUUCUCCCUAACCGACCCAAGCAUUUCUUUUCCGUAUACGGAAAAUGAAACGGUCUCAACCGCUGUCCUAAUGGUGGUAGCUCUGAUUGCUCCGGCUGCCAUUAUUGCGAUCACAACCCUGCUUAUUCCCAUGUCCACAAAAGACCAGAAUGUGUCUCGAUCAUCACUCUGGAGAUACAAGUUAUGGGAAUGGAAUGCAGGGUGGAUGGGUUUGGCUGUCGUCUGUGCAUGGGCAUGGAUGGCGACCGAGGGUUUGAAGGACUUAUAUGGCAGACCACGACCCGACAUGCUUGCGCGUUGCAACCCGGAUCUCUCGAAUAUAACCACUUAUGCUGUCGGUGGCCUGGGAGAGAAGCUUGCGGGGGCCCCGACACUGGUGACUUGGAAGAUAUGCCAAAACAAGUCAAAAGUACUUGCAAAUGACGGAUUUGCAAGCUUCCCCAGCGGACAUUCAUCGUUUUCUUUUGCGGGCUUGACAUACUUGACUUUAUGGCUUUGUUCAAAGUUCUCAAUCGCAUUUCCAUAUCUGGGACACUCUUUGUUGAACCAAAAUCCGAUCAGCCCGACACAUGGAUCAAUUCGAAAACGUGGAGCAGCCCCGCCGGUCUAUAUGCUUGUAAUCGCCUUUGUGCCUGUUGCAGUUGCCAGCUUCAUUGCUGCGUCCCGCUGGUUCGACUAUCGUCAUCACGCUUUUGACAUUCUGUUUGGCAGUAUCAUGGGCGCUAUAUUUGCAUGGAUUGGAUUUCGAAUGUACCAUCUCCCCAUCACGCGAGGCGAAGGGUGGUCUUGGGCGGCAAGAAGUCGCAGACAUGCGUUCUUCAAGUGUCCCAGAUUCCCAGGUGAGGCAGAUGGACACCCGCCAAUUGAUACGCACGAUACUCGGAAGACAACACGGCAGGAUGCUGAUGUCGAGAGGGCAGCUGAGAAUCUGGUGUAAGAUCCUAUCUGCGGAGAGACAUUUAAUAUUUCGACACAGCAGUGGAGUUUCAGGUAAUAAUGUGUGCAUGACACAUGGAACGUGAAUAUGCCAGCCAUGAAGAUAGUAUCUCGGACCACCAAGAGAUAUUUCUGUGUAUAUUAGUUAUUUGAUCAGGAUGAGGAUAGUAGAUGUAUUAUUUAAAGGCACUGAAACAUAC